UCGCGCGACCGACCGCACGGCCGUCGCUCAGUUCAAAACCGCGAUUUUCGAGUGCGAUUAGCCAGUGCCUGCCGAUCCGAAGAAGAAGAAGGGGCUCAGAGGAUUAUAAUGUGGCUACUUGGAUUACCGCAUAAUAUCAAGUGACAUUGGACAUAAAUCUCAAUUCAAAAUCACGUUAAGCGUUAAGUGAGUAGCAACGGAGAGGAUUGCUUCCUGCGGCCGAGUCAUACUUCGAGUAUUCAUUAUUCAUCGCCAUAAGAAGAGAAUGCCGCAGCUGAAGGCCCGAAAGUGUGGGGGCGCCGGGAGUUGGGAUUGCUGGUACUCAAAUUUGCAAUUUUUUGCAAUUGCACUGCUACUCUUGGCCGAUUUGUUAUCAGGCGAAGAAAUAAACUCCUCACCCAGACGAAGGCGACAGGACAGACAAGAUGUGACGACCGUUUUGCUGGUGGACAGUCACGGUCGUUCGCAGUUCGGGCGUUUCCUCAACGUAAAGCCGGACGUCGGCGUGCUGACCUCCACGGCCCGCACGUUCAUCCAGGAGGGCGUCACCACUGAGUACGCCACUCAGGUGGUCGGCACCACGCUGGACAACGGACGCCUGUACGCGCACCUUCUGACCAAGAACUCGCGCGUGCUCUAUGACAAUGACGCGCAAUCGCGUUCGCCAAAUUUCGAACCAAACUCCUCUCCUAACAAAUGGCACUUUGACCAGCACUUAGUCGGCAAGGGCAACUUCGUCAAAAACACAGACUAUAUAUCGCCCAACCAAGUUGAUAGUCCUUUUGUAGUGUUUCCUACUUCGGCCCCGCUUAAUGCCAUCAAAACUGAAUCCAAGGAGCUUAGUGAUGAAGAGCUGCUGCAGGAGCCGUCUAACAAUCCGCGAGUGCCAUUCGAAGAGGCACAAAAGGAGAGUCGCACUUUUAGCGUAAGCAGUGGUAGCGGCGGCAACAACAACGUGAAGGUAAUCCAAAUUAAUGCGCAGCAUCGUCACAUCGACUUGCAUCAACCACAUCAAGCACAACGCUUGGUGUUAGACAGCGACGAGAACGAUGUCAUUCGUAAAGAUGAACUGGGCCCUUCAAAGGUACGCGAGUGGGACAAUUUGCCCACGUUCACCGUCCGCAAUGAAUUCUCUCCAAGCGGCUUCUCCUUCCUUGGCGACCUGCCUGAUUUUGACGUUAAUACUGAGCGAAGCAAACAGACAACGGCCGCCGAACGCCGAGCCAAGUUGCUCUUCAAGGGAGGCAUUCCCAACAAGCAAGACUUGAAGACUGUGACUUACACAGGUUUUGCCGAUUUCACAACCACGGUUGGGGAUACUGUCAUCGUUUUCACGCCACAAACCUCCGAACCGUCAAAACCAACGACACAAAUGAUUCGGCCCACAUCAACAUUGCAUGAGCCGCCGAUCGCUACACGAGUUAAAACCUUCCUUAACCAUGAGCCGGGCGUGGUCACCGAAACUGUAGAAGGGCACAAGUUGACAAUGGAGAAAAGUCUCGCUACUAUGGUGGUGGACACUACGCCUAAUGGACGCAUGCCAAAGCAACAGCUUCCUGAUGAAACAGCUAAAACUCCCACCUUGCCUGAGAUCAAAACUACUAGUGGCAGCACAAUUAUAUUUUCGUCUGAAACUAUUGAACCUUCAGAAUCACAGAUUCCAAUGUUGUCCACUCCCUCUGAUGAGGAUAUAGCUAAAAUUUUCGCGUCACUUCAAGCAAAAGCUGCCCAGGAAGCUACUGAACCUCUGAAUACGCCGUCAACAAUUUUCAUUGAUGAUGCAACCAUGUCUACUUCAGCGAAACCAUUGGGCGGAGCUACAACAAUAUUUUUUGAUGACGACGAGUAUACCGAAAACACUGCGGCCAUUCAAAAUACUGCUGUACUCACGACUACCCCCAGAGUAAUUCCAAUUCCGAAAGAAACAUCUCAAGAAGAAACAUCCACCGAGGAUGUAGAGGAAUCAUUGGAAAAGCAAACAACCGAAAAUGUGCCUACCACAACCUUUAAGGCAGAAAUAACUACAAAUGAAAUUGCGCAAACUACAAUCGAGCAAGAAGCAAUAACCACGGAGGCACCACCAGAAACGACCACAUUGAGCAAAGAAAAUGAAGAUGAAUCUGCAAACGAUUCGCAGGAAUGCAAGGACGGUCUCAUGAUUGUUCCAACAACUUCCUAUAAGACAUUAACGUAUUUGACAACCUUCUUUAUUCCCGGAGAGAAUAGUGAAACUUCCACAUCGAUCAAAUCGAAUCAAGUUGUAAGCACCGAAGUCAAAAAAGAAACGCGGGCUUGCAUUAGCGCUACCUCUACCAUUGAGAAUGUCCUUUCAAGUAGUGAGAUAACCACCACCACGGAAUCCAGCGAGAUCGCAACCGAACAAAUCACUGAAGCGCCAGAGUCCGAAUCUACUACCACCGAGGCCCCAGCGACCACCACAGCAGUCCCGGAAGAAGAAAAUGAGAAUGGUUUGGAGACAACAACCACAGAGAGUUCUCCUAAUGAGAUAACAACGGAGCGGCGUCAUGUCACCGAAUCGGAGCCAGAAACCACCGAAAUGACUACAGAAAACGGCGAAGAAAUUGAACUGCUAUUCAAAACGUUGUACACGACAUAUACUUAUUUAACGACGUACUUCCAGGAAUCAUCUUCGUCUGUCGCAAGUCGCAAAACUGUCGUUACCAAUGUUAUCACAUCGACCAUAGACUCAUUCUCACCAGCUUCGGAAGAUCCAAUCGCUAGCUUGAUUAAUAGUAAUUUUAAAUCAAAGCCCGUCACUUUUGAGGACUUUGCUGAAAUUGCACCCAGUGGUGUGGGAAUCGGCCGACCAACGGCAUUACCGGAUGGUGUCACUUCACCGAAUCCUGAAGAAUUGGAUGCGGUCUUAUCUGAAUCCUCCAAAGCGACGCCAGCAUUGUCUGAUAAAAAUGUCCUAAAUACUGUAAAUGCAAUUAAGACCUAUUACACCACUUAUACAUACUUUACGACAAUUUUCGUUGACGGCGAAACGGAAAUUUCUAGCCGCACUGAAGUAUACACCAAUUACGUGACUCCUACAACAUCGCCGGAAGAAAUAACGGCCACCCCAACGGUAGUCUUGGACCAAGAAGAGAUGAAGAGUAAAAUAACAAAUUUAAAUUUGGGAAAGACAGGAAACUAUAAUAGUACUAUCAAUCGGCAUAAGUCUAUCGACAACAACAUCGAAAACGAUAUCUUGUCUACGUCAGCUCUCGCCAGCGAUAGUAAAUCGCAAUCAUCAGCAGAAAACGAUUUGCUCGAUCUUUCCGACUACGAGACUAUCUCGACGAUGGUAACUGACGUACGUAGCUCUACCUCUCAGGGAGAAAAGCGGAUCCUCGACAGCGAUAAACGCAACGUGCUUCUGGACGAUCAAAUUGUUAGCGAAUCAAACAACGAAUCAGAAAUUAUUCCUUCACCAACACUUUUGCUUCAAACGAGCUAUACCACCUUUACAUACUUUACCACAAUGUACCAAGGAACAACAUCGAGCAAUAUUGUGAGUCGCCUUGAAACCAUCACCAACGUGGUCACCGAAACGCUGACACCCACCCAUACACUGAGUGUCGAGGACCUGAGCCUGCCAAUCACAUAUUUCACAACGUUCACCUAUUGGACCACUUUGUACAAGGAAGGCACGACUAAAGUCACGAGCCGAGAGGAGACUGUCUCGAAUGUGGUCACGCCCACGCCCGGAGAAAACGUUAUGCCUACAACAGUAUCCGAAAUACAAGCGACCAGCGUGCUAGCUCCAGUUGACGUGGAAACGACCAAAAUUGCAUCUAUGGAGAGCGUGAAUCCCAUUAUUCCCUUAGAUUCAAGCGAGAAGAUAGAGGCGGCGGUUAAGCCAACCAAAGAACUGAAUGGUGACGAUGAUCAAACAACAUACUACACAACAUACACCUACUACACAACGUCCUAUGUCGGCAAUGCUACAAUUUUGAACAGCCGGUUGGAGACUGUUACCAAUGUUGUGAACAAAACAGCUGAACUAGACAACGCUAUCGGCCGCGCCAUUGGGCAAGGAAUCCUCAAUACCCUCGACUCCGGUAAAGAUACAAACCAAGAAGUAAAGCCCACUGGACUUCUGUCCACCAUUAGAUCAACGGUUGAUAAUUCUGGCACACAAACGGUUCUUUCAACGGACGUAUAUGGCACAUACAUAGAUGGACUUUAUGCUAAAGUCCUCGAAAGUACCUCCAUAAUUGCCCCAUCCCGGAUUGAGGAAGAUGCAGAUGCCACAGUUUCAUCGCCCGCUUUGUCUUCAACAUCGACUAGUAGUGCUGCUAGUGUGGAAGAGAAAUUAAAACCGACGGGCGUCGUUUCAAUCAACCAAGGACAAAUUGUUGACGCUGAUGGCAUUAGUACGCUCUUCUAUACAACGAAGGCUGUUGGAACAUAUAUUGAUAAUCUGUAUGCGCAGGUAAUCGAAAGCACGAGCAGCUUUAAGGUAGAUGAUGAGAAAAAAGCAAUACUAACUGAACAACCACCUGCUCAUCGGACAGGUUUAGUGCGAUUAAUUGAGGGCUCAAUUGUCCACUCACAUACCACCACAGUCUAUCAGAGCAAGGUCCUAGGCACGGUGAUCGAUGGCAGGUAUGCCCAAAUAAUAGAGAGCACAUCUAGUUUCAUCAUCGCUCCCACAAUUUCGCCGACUGCGACCCAGAGCGUCCAGGUGACUCCAUCGGCAACCAUUUCACCGUCACCAGUGGUUAUUGAAGGCUCUAUCAGUGACUCCAGCGAUGUGGACGACAGCACGGAGAAUCCCGACGACGAUGAAAACAGCACAGAGGAUUCGGAGGGGCGCGUCAAGUCAAGACUCACGUUCCAAUCAAGGAAAAGGACAUUCACGCCAGUAAUUCGCCCGUUUGCGUCGCGAGCUAAGCCAACGUUUGCUCCUAAGAGAAAGGGCAGCAAAGCCGGGAGUGCUACAACAAUCACACGAAGUGACUUUACCCCAACCGUGACCGCUAUCCCCGCAACCAAAUCAGGCAGUCGUUUCGGUGGGGGAAGAAAGAGCAGUUCCCUAUCUAGUAUUGUACCAUCCGCAUCGGGCAGUCGACGAUUUACGCGUCCUCGCAGCUCGAGUGCGGUUGCGUCAGGCGGACUCUCUUCUACAUUUUCUCCAAACAGGGGCCGCAGCUCAGCCCGAAUUCAACCAACCGCUUCAGUCUUUGGCUCAAGCACAAGAAGAACGGGAGGUUUCCGCUCGUCGGCCAUUUCGUCCGCCCCGAUUCGGCCAUCCUCUUCAUUCAACGCCAACAAUCGCUUUUCCCGCGUUCGUCCAACGUCGGUGUUCAACGCAAAUCGAAAUGCCAACUCGGUAACUUUACCAUCGACAGCUUCGGAUGAGGAGAACGACUUAACAACUCAGGUAACAGACGACCCAAGCAACGUGGACGAAAAUGAAACUACCACCGCUGCGUUAGAGACAACAUCCACCAGGCGAAAUGCAAAUCCUUUACUUCGAUUCCGCAGGCCGCCAUUAUCCCGUCCAACAUCAGCUCCUCGUUCGACGACAACCAAGGCCGUAGGAAACUCAGCGGUCGGUCGUACCUCGAGCGGCAGAAGCGGAAGAGUAACUACGACACAACAACCAAAAACAACUAGAACUCCUUCAAGGAAUAUUGCCAUUUCAUCAAGGGCACGACCAGCAAACUCCCUUUUCCCAAGAAGAAAUCUAUUUACUACAACCACUACUGCAGAACCUGGCCCAGAAGAAGAUGAGGAACAGGAAGAUUUGGCCGACGAGACAGAGAACAACGGCAACGAGGACACUGAAUUUGAAGGAACUGACACGAACACUCAAACUGAGAAAGUGCCUUCCCCAGUCAACGAACGCAAGUCUCGCGCGAACUCAGUGUUGAUUAAACCGUUUACUCGCAAGCGCUCCAAACGUCAAACCAACUUUUCACGUUUCCGGCGACCUACAAGUCGCACUACACCUGCACCCGUAGAAGUUGAACCUGAAACUGAACCACCACGUUCUCGUAGCCGCUAUACCGGCUACAAUAGUCGCAGCAGGACGACGCCCGCACCCCGCAUCAUCCCUUCCAAGCCCAGUACAAGAAGUCAAUUUACGCUGAGAGAUACGAGCAACUCGCGCUCCAGUAAUUUCCGCCGUCCCUCUACGGUCAGUUCAAAUCUGCGUAAACCUACAUCGCGACCGUCCUCGCGGCAAUCGUCGUUGCUGCGAAAUUCCAACACUGAAAGGACAACCAACAGCAACAGUAACAAAUCUAGGAAAAGCUCGUCCAGGCGCCGUGGAUCCACUCGUGGGAAGGUGACAGACAUCGACAGCAACUACGUGCUUCCUGGUGCGGACGGCACCAUUACAGUUACGCAUCAAAUUCCUACCGAGGUCACCAUUCCCGUGGUGAAUGGAAAAAUUACCGAAUACAAAAACAUUGUCACUGCAAAGUUGAGCACAGAGGUGUUAAGCCCCAAACAGUAUUCAACAACCAUCAAUCCUUUCGGCAAGGAUGUCACGAUACUCUUGAGUGAAUCGACUGGCUUCGCCGCAAACGGCGCCCAGCAAGUUACCAAGUUUACGCUUAAUGAAAGUCCAACCACAACUGUCAUCUUUACCCCUACGUAUAUUCGCGGCAGAAAGACUUCAUUCAGUCAUGUAAUUCCAAGCACGGUUUAUAUCGUCGACCCAAUUGUGAACACCUUGACACCUGCCUUGCCCCAGGCACCUUUAGCCAACAUUCUCCUAUCGCAAUUACUGCUCGGACAGCAACAAGCUAACCCUCUGCUUGGCCUCCAACAACCUGGUGCGGUCGCCGGCUCACCGACCACUGAAUUCAAAACACGCACCACAACGUAUGUCACAACCGUAACCUCAGAAACAUCUACUGUGAUCCCGCUCACCUUCCGCGGCAAGGAAAUUCUGACUACCAUCAUUGACAGCAGUACAAAUGUGGUCACAGCCACGGAAUUCAUUACGGACACCGUUGUAGUAACACCUACGCCGGUAUUGCAACAGAAUCAGCAACUGAAUAGUUUGCUGGUACCAUUACUGUUACAGCAACAACAACAACAGCAGCAGCAGCAAAUCAGCCCGCUCUUCCAACAACAAAACCCAGCGGGUGUCAUCAAUGCCAAUUCCAACGAAGAUCUGUUCAAAAAAGCGUUGUUCCAAGAGUCCGAGCAAACAAAGCAUAAUUUAGCGUUAGAUGAAGAAGGCGACAUUAAUGAAGAUUAUCAAAACGUCGAUGACGUGACAGAAGCGCCUCGAAAACCGUCGCGUGCUAACAAACUAACGAAGCCUAAGAAACCCCCCGCGCCCGAAACUAGCGUCAUCACCUUGUACGUCUCAGGCCGUACCCCUGGAGAGUUCAGUACUGUGCUCUCCACCGUGGUGGUCGGCGAGGAUAAUAAAAAGAAACGCGAAGCCACAUACGUGCCAGUGCAGCCCUCAAAAAUUUUAGACGAUCUGGUGAUCAGCACAUUGGAAUACGUGGACACAUACGUAAUGCCAGCGAUGGACGACGUGGUUCUGGAUCACUCAGAGCCUACCCAUACUUACGCACCCACAGAAAGUUUAGAGAGUAUCCUCGGGGACGUCAGCAAGCAAAUGGUCAGCGAUACUCCAGAACGGAUUAAACCGACAAAGCCUGGCAGUAUGGUCUCCAAGAAAUACAAACAGAAGUACGUGAAGGUGGGCGGCGAUCAAUUGCACGGUAAUUUUUUAGCAUUAGACCUUGAUGGGUAUGCCCCGCUCAUGCCAAAGGUCAAACCGAAGACGUCUGCAAUUUUUAUUCAACGGGGCAAUGAAAAUUGGCGUACCAAAAUUUUUAAUACAUCUUUAGCAAACCAUCAAUCUAUCAUGAAACAUUAUAAAAAUGAAUCAAGCAAAAAUAUAGCAUUGGAUUUAAAAUUAAGUAGGAAUAAGAGACAGACAAAUAUUAACACUAACCCAUGGACAACACGGAAGUUCGUUAAGAAGUUAAUUAGAAUAGAACCUAUUUAUAAUCAAAGCAUCGAUAUCCAAAGUACCAACUAUUUCAAUCCCAACGAUUAUGCGAAAUUAAAUUUGGGAAUGCCCAUCGAUAUCAACGACGAAUACCUUGGGGCCCCAUCCUCAAUUGACUUGAAGUCAACGCCGGAAACGGAGGACAUUCCGAAAAAUUAUCACCGGAAACGAGUGAUAAAGAAAAAACGAAAACCCGCUAACACCACUCGAAACCGAGUCGUGGUCACCAAAAAACGACGCGUGAAGCCUACCACUACAGCGCAGGCGGAGCCUGUGAAGCCCACACGUCUGUAUCGGGUGAAAACCAUCAAACAUCUUCUUAAGACAGACACACCAAUAAUGGCGAGCGCGGAAAACGAUGAGGAUGUAACUUCAUCGACCGUUGAUCCCGAAAUAUCGACGACUGAAAAUUUCUCAGAGGAUAUCUCUGAUACGUCUGAGUUAGAGAAAACGGUGGACGAUGAUCGCGAAGAAGCAAUUGAAACAUACGACGAAGUCACCAGCCAGCCCUUGCCCGAUUACGAACCCUUCUUCCCUGAGUUGUCAGAAUCACUGCACGCUCCCAUUUUACUCCUUAAGACGACAGUUUUGUCCACAAUUGAAACCCAUACGACGACCACCCUGUCCAGUAAGUUGCGCACGUACACGUUCGUUGUCACUCGCGUGAAUGGAGACGAGCAAAUCGUCACUUCCGCGGUCGAAGUGAAACCGCACACCAAGACGUUGACUGUAACAGACACGACGACUAGGUACACCACACUGACGCUCUUGGACUUGGACGCGACCGAAUUGCUGUUACCUUUUAUACCAAUGACUCAACUAAACCCAUCCCCGACGGCAUCCCCACAACUUGAGUCUAACCCAGUAGCUGCAAGAGCAAUGGAGGAAGCCCGAUAUAAUUUGGCGACUCGCGUCAUGUCCAAUGGCGUCGAGGUGAUCGUAGCAGGUGACAAAACCACGCUACCGGGUGAACCGGACGUAAAACGAGUACUGCCUAGCUCGAUAUACAAGCCCGUAACGCUCAAACCAAGCACGCUCACCAAUAAUAUGAUGAUGAUAUUACCCCAAGAAGCUUCAAAGAUCGAGAGCUUAUCAUCGUCGUUGCAUCCAAAUCAGUUCGUAACCAAGACUUGCCUCACCACAUUCACAUACCUCACGACUUAUCUGGAGAACGGUACCACUGCUGUGUCUAGUCACGAGCAGGUUGUCUCUAACGUUGCCACCGAGGAGCGCAACUCCGGUAACACCGGCAAGAUACUACCAACGCCUGCGAUGGGCAUCACACUCACACAGUAUCCAAAUCUAGCAGUGGGCACGUUUGUCACAACAUACACUUACCUGAAUACAAUUCUGGACGGCGAGCAGCCACUGGUUGUCACCUCGAAGCGGGUCGUCUCUAACACGGUCACCGCCCCCGAUGAUUAUCUCUCGCUCUUCCAGCCCAGCGACAAGGCAUCUGCUGUCAAAGAUACAAACACGUAUUUUAGUACAAUUGCUCUGGAAAAAACACUCUACGAGGGCUCAGUGUCCAAAGUGAUUCGCACCAAUGAAGUGGUCACACAGGUUGUAAUUACGGAAUCCAUUCCACCGAAAGGAACAUCCGUCAUGACUUCCUACAUUGCACUGGAUUUUGACGAAAACGACGAAAAAACAAAUGAAUACACCACCACGGACGUCGUGAAAACUUACUUCGUAACGUACACCUACUACAACACGUUGAUGCAUGGCACAGCGACUGUAGUCAACACCAACGUUUCCACGUCGAAGGACGUGGUCACCGAGAAACUAUUCCUUCAUCCGAAGAAAAAGGGUAACAAACCUAGUAUUAUUAACACGGCACCUAUAAACAAAGACGGCAGUGGGAAGAAGAAAAAUAACAAGUUAGAAUCCGAUCUAGCCGAGCUGAACAUCGUAGCAACAAAAACAUACCUCACAACAUUCACGUAUUUCACGACAUUGCUUCAGGAAGGUGGAGGCGACACUUCCACGAUUAUCAGUUCGCACUCAAAAGUAGUCGAAAAUAUCGUCACCGAAAUAAUUGAGCCAUCACUUUUGGACAAAAAGUAUUUGCAUUCACUUAAGAAGGAGAUCAAAGAAGGUGGUGGCAGCACCGUUACGAAAAACGCGACGCUUAGCGACGGCCAGAAAAUUGAAAUCACCGUCGGCACUCGCAACAAAGAUAAAAUUAAGCCGUCGAAGGUCCUGCCACUCAUCGAGAAGACACAGAUGCCGGAUGUUUCGCCUGUGCCGCCCAUCAUCGAAAGUUCCAAUCCGAACGUGGUAACCGGCUCGACCAUCAUAUUUGUAGACGAAUUUGACGAUCCGUUUGCGCAAGCAACGACUAGAAGAAGCACACCCUCUCUAAGUUAUGCAAGCAAGACGUCGUCAAAAAACGCGUUGAGCUCUCUGCUGAGUUCAGAAAUCGUUAAAAAAUCCACCGCAAGCUUGACCUCUAAGCGCAAGAGCAAUUCGAAGAGAAAAACCACGCUCCAUGCGACAAAGCCUACUGUGCAUGCACAGAGUAGCAGUACUCGUGAACAUUUGUCUGUGCUAGACAAGCAACCGGGAACCGAAAAGGAGCAGGCCAAAAAGCCGACGAAAGUGGCAAAGCCCGCGCCGACCGCCUCACCGGUUUCAAACCUUCUUGGAUCCAUUAAUAUCCAGGCACUAAGGCCGGUACUUAACGCAAUGGCCGGUUUGAUUCAGAACAACUUGAAAAGCAAGACAAACGAUUCCGCAACCAUUCUGAAGCCUACCUUGGCUGAACCCGAAGCUGCUAACGACGUGCAGAACCGGUCGCCGAUCUAUAUUCCUGUAGGAGGUCUAGCCGAUAUCGAAACAGCAGAGAGCCAAAAUUUUCCAGCGUUAAAUCACUGGGAGGAACAGAAAAUAGAAAUUGCCAGUAAACCAACACACGAGAGCCCGCUCCUAAACGGAGGCAUACCAAUUAGUCCAGGAGAGGUGAUCACUGCCAAUUCUGACGUGAUCGUGGGCAAACCAGGUAGGGUGGGGCCCCGUAUCCCAGCCAUACCAUUAAACCAUCCUGAUUUAGCCACCGCCUUGCCCCAAGACGUCGAGGGCAUGAAGCCCCCGCCAAUGCCCGCCAAAAUAUGGCCCAAACGACAGAGCGAUCAACAAAAUGCCGCCGCAAACCACCCAAUCAUUCAUGUGCCAAACAAGAACGAUUAUGUGGGGCCGCCGCCACCAGUACAGAAGAUUCCCGUGCGUGCGCAAAAUGCCGUGCGACUAAAUAAACAUGAGGCCGGUCGUGAACAGAUAACCAUUCCCAUCAACGAGCAAUUCUAUUUGUAUACGAACCCGCCCAAGCAGCGGCUGGAGAUGCACUUCCAAGAUGAUGACAGUCGUUACACCGAAGAUGGUCUGAUAGUGGCUUCUCCAAUCGGAGGCAUGUCUCAUCUAACUUUGCAGUCUUCGCACAAUGAACACAUCGUGUUGCCAGAGGUGAUUGAACGUUCCACUGGCCAACCACUUUUGGUUAAUAUUCAGCCAUCCCAAGUUGCCUUUGUGAACAUCCCACACAAUCGCACCACUGCGUUGAUUUACGGCGGUUCCACCGAGCCCCACAUUAAUGGACAAUAUUUCGACGACCCGUCACCAUAUCCAGAGCCGGAAUUCUCCGCUAUUGAAAGUUUCAGCAACGGCGUGCCGAAGAUUGCCUCUGCCUACGAUGGUCAGUCAAACCAAAAAGAGGUAGCAGGUGUCAUCAAAGUAGGGCCGCACGCCAUUAACAUCAAACCACACUCAAUUCCGUUAGACUUCCGUCAGGUCGAUAUUAGACCAUCAAAGCCAAAUUUAGACUAUGUCAAUGGCGUGCAUGUUGACUCGCAUGUUAAUCAUCACGAUAUAAACGUUAACGUACCGCCAAUUUCAUUCGGCAUGAUGCAGCAAGGUAACGAAUUCAACGCGCAUGUCAUUAAGCACGUAGGAAGUGUUCAUGCGCCUGAACGCAAACCUGUUAGACCACAGGAAUCUUACAAACCAGAUAGUGGUAACACCUAUGGUUCGCAGGUUGAGUUACAUCCAAUUGAACACACAGCCGCCAGUAAAUACAAGCCAAGGCCAAUCGAGAUAACAAGGACGUCUCCCCGACCAUAUGGCGGAGACCAUCAGAACCUGCAAGAAUAUUUCCCAAAAUAUCAUGGUCAUCAUAGACCUACCGAGCCACAACGCCCCAUGGAUCAUCUGCGACCCCAUGGGCCUCCAAAUGAGCAUAAUGUCAGGCCAAUUCAAAAUCAGCGGCCCAAUGUAAUUCUGCAACACAAACCCGUGCAGGAACCCCCGCAGAUCUUUAACCAGCACCCAAGUAUUUCAUAUAACGAUUUUCGCGUUCCCGCCCGGCCGCCAUAUUCAAAUCGACCUGCAUCGGGGCACAGGCCAGUUAGCGUAGAACAUGGCCGACGUCCUGCAUUGCCACUACCAGAUUAUAUUAGUCCACCACCGCCACACCCAUCGCAGAGUGAGUCAUUCAAAGAUCUGUCACAAAUCAAUCAAAUUGAACCUGAGAGCGCCGAAGACUACAUCAGCGACGCAGGUGAAGUUAUUCAAGAAUCAAACAGUCGCCCGCUUACGCCCGAUCAAUUACCAUUCGAAUUUAAUAAGAAUAGCACAUCGGAUCCGCCUUCUAACAAUCACUAUAAUCACAUCCCGUACGAGAACGAAAUUCUCGCAUACCGGCCGCAUAUAAAACAGCCGCGACCUUUUGACAAUCCAAUCGUGCGCCCCGAAAAUCAACAGUCCAAUCAAAUAAACCACCAAGAGUCAAAUGUGAUAGUUCAAUCGGGAAGCCCAAACAUCUACGCCAAUGUCUUCGGCAACAAUCGACCUAUUGUCCCCCAUCAAAAAGCAGAACGACCUCAGCAACGACCACCUAUUAACCCACAUCAGGGUCCUAUAUAUGUAUCGUCGUCGACUGCAAGAAAUGAGUACUUGAACCGAAUUAAUCAGCGAUAUACGAACACGUUCCAUCCGAACGCACACACGCACGGUCCCACGUCUCAAACCGAAGAACCAUACAAAAAGUCCAAUUCAGAUGCAAAGUUAGCCGGCUUAUUCGUUUUCGAUUCGCACGACAUCCCGCAUCGUCGCAGGACUACCACCAUUUCCACAUCCACUACCGUGACAGCAACCACUUCGUCGCCAAGGCCAGCGAUCAAUCAUCAGAACAGUCUGCAACUGAACAUCGGAGAAAUCCAAAAGAUAAACUCUAAUUUCAAUCAGCAGACACACAAUCAGCAGACACAGCAUACUUUUGUUCAUGGGGUGGCCAAUGUAACAAGAGUGAAUAAACCGCUGACCAUUGAAAUUAUGAAAGCGCCCCCUGAAGAACCUAUUGUGGGCUUGCAGGCGCCUGCUAAAACACCUGAUGUUACGUUAAAUCCACCGAAGAUACCCGUUGUACGAAUUCCGUCAACACUUCCGACUUCCACGAAACAGUCAACCCAAGCGCCGCCGACAAACGAAAUUGUGAUGGGCAUGAAUCCACCACCAAUGCAACAACCAGCGCCGCUGCCAGGUUUUACUAUCGCGCAAGUAAACACAACGGUUGUCCCAACGCCGGCGGUAAUUCAGUAUCAAAAUGCCACUUUUGUGCCGCCCCCACCCAUUAACAAACCAAUUUAUUCGAUGGAGAUAGAUGUACCACAGGUCUCCAUCAACCCGGGAACCAGUAAGUCGCCAACUUAUUUAUUUGAGUUGCCACCAACCACUCCAGCGCAGCGGUCACGAAGACCCAGCACACGACGUCCAAUAUACAGAAAGACUACUGUACCCAGCAGACAGGCCGGUACGAGUACCAAAAAUUCUCAGAGCUAUCAAACUUAUCACGGACAAAUCGAAGCAACACGUGAGACCACCACGUCUGCUGGAAAUUCGAUUGCUGCGGCGGGUUCUUCCUAUCACGCUCCAAAUAGAAUCCACUACUUUGAUAUCAACAGACAACGCAGACCCACAACCGUACCAACAACUGAGGGUGCACCAAAAGUUUGGUCUAACAAUGUCACAAGGAACACCUCUAAAUAUGAGGAUGAUUUACGCGAAACAGGAAGCACGACAGUGUCCGCAUUGGCAUCAACUCCAGAAAUCAUAACGGAGUCACAUACUAACGAUUUAGAAUCUCAGGAAACUGGCAUUCCAGUAGACGUAGAAGUUCAAGAUCACACGCCACCUCUUCCCACCGGUACUGUUGAAAGCGUUGAAUUGGAAUUCACGAGACCAUUUGCCACACCUCUAACACCACAUCAGACGCAUCACGCUGGCAACGAGGUGAAGAUAAUCGAUCCCACUUCGUCUACGCAUCGCCGCCGCAUUGUUACUUCCAUCUUCAAGCGACCGCUCUAUCGAAACGCCACCACAACCAUCACGCUACCAACUCGAUAUGUGACACACACCAAGACCUCCACGGUGACCAUUACAAAAACCACAAUCGUCAACUCUCAAGAUGGUCUCUCGUCCACGAUGACCAUUUUGCUCACGAAGACAGAAAAACUAACCAUUGUCGAUACGGUCACAGAGGUGCAUACGUUGGUUAAGCCCACUACUAUUGCGUCCACUGUAACCGUGAGCCCUACAACGGUCCUGUUCACAACAGAUAUUUUGGACGGAGGCGCCUACCAAGAGGAAGAAUAUCCUAUCAUGCCAACACUUGUACACUCAAGUGAGAUUGAACCAACAAUUGUGAUCGACGGCUCAAACACGGACACAUUGCACGAUGGACUGGAGGAUUUCAUCAUUGACGACCAUCACGAUGUAGUCGAAGGUGACUUGCACGUUAAUAACAAGCAAAAUUCCGAGAACGUCAGUGAUCGAGAGCAACAGAAUGGCGACACAUUCUACGUCGUAAUGAAUGAUAAGAAUCAAGGCAGCGUUAUUAAAAUUCCUAAACAACAAGAGGACAGCAGCCGCGAGACCCAACAACGCGACGAAAUGAUCAGUACCAACGAAGUCAAUCGGGUGCUACUCGGGGGGAUACUGAUUCAGCCUCCGCCCAGUUUGGAAAUCUUACCGGACAAGUGCGCGCCGGAGUGCAAACCAUCUCGGAACGAGUUGUGCCAGCGCGUCGACGGAUUGAUGAGAUGCUUAUGCCGUCCCGGUUUCGCACGAAUGUUCCCAGACAGACCAUGCAAACCCACCUACACUUACACCUUGAAGAUUGGAUUGGAAAGACAUGGUCACAACCGCCUUAGCUAUAACGAGUCCCUAGCAAACGAAACCACGCCCAUAUUUACAAAGCUGGCGCGAGUGACGCACGAUGGUCUCGACCGCCUGUUGAUGCAAUCGGACCUACGGGACAUCUAUCAUGGCGUCGCAGUUCAAUCGUUUGAGCCGAUUGAAGAGGAGGCGCCAGGGGUUUACAACACGUUUAACCUACAGCUGUCGGACAACACAGACGAGACGCGACUGAAAGAUGUAUUCAAAAAAUACUUGCGCAACAACAAUUUCAGCUUGGGAGGUACGGAACUCUACGCAUCGCGUGGGGUUCUAGAAAACUUGGACGCAGCCGACUUCAACGAAUGCUCCGAUGCGCAGUAUCACGACUGCUCCGAAUUUGCACAGUGCUUUAACCUGCGUGGCACGUACACCUGCAGCUGCAAGGAAGACUACGCUGAUCUGUCCGCGAAUAUCCUCUAUCCAGGCCGGAUUUGCUCCGCUGAACUGAUUGGUUGCGCCAAGUGCCACUAUCAUGGUACCUGUUACACUCGCAACGACGAAAUGAUACUAUGCGAAUGCUUCCAAUGGUACGCGGGUGAGAAUUGUCAGGUUAACUUAAAGGUCCUGCUCAUUGGCUUGGUCACAUUGGGCGCUGUCUUAUUCACACUCCUGCUCAUUUGUAUCAUCGUAACAUGCUCCCGGAAGAAGCCGCAGUAUGCAGCACCCGGCAGUAGUAUGGCGUUUCUCCCACAACCGCGACGAGGUACCAUCGAUCGCAGAGCGAUGAUCCACGACACAAGCUCCGAGUCGGGUUCGGACACAUUACCGUAUGUUGUGAAGAAAGCAAACAAAAAAGCACCGCCGGUAAAAGGUGGAAACGCAAGUCGCUCGAAGGAUGAGCGCGAGGCCGCCAUUGUCGCCUACGCCGAUCAAAAAGACCGCUCGCUAACUGUAAUGAUACCUAGGGCUAAGUACCACCCAGCCCCGAAUACAUCACAGUACGUCGGAAGUAGCAGCAACCUCACGACGUUCGAUAAACGCAAACACUCAGCCGCUAGCAGCAACGAGGCCAAAUUACUGAGUUAUCUCGAUGCUGGACCAUCGCCCAACAAGGCGGACCAGCGGAAGACCAGUAUGGCCAGCAAGAACAGCGAUAUCUGCUACCGAGAAGAAUUAUGCUCACGGAAAACUUCGGGCGCGCUGGUUUCAGCCGGCUUUGAAGUUUCGGCCACAGUUGGCGUGAACAGCAUGGGCACCUUGGCAACUAUUGCCACCACGUGCGGAACCGAGGCGGACCGCAGUGAGAACGCAACGUUGAUUCAGAAGAUUAGUGCGGACCAGCGUUCCAGCACCGGCACCCGUUCGCAAUUCAACACGUUCGGUAAGUCCAUUGCGGACACGGCCGACACAGACGACGACGUCGUAGAAAACUGGCUGGAUAUUACGCCGCGAAUUCAAACGAUUUCCGAAUCACGCUCCUACGACGAAACCACCAUCCACGUGCCAAUGAAGUCAUUUAAACACGACUACGACACCAAAUCGUCGCAACAGAACCACGACGAAGCCAACACGAUGGCGGAGAGGGACUUGGGAUCGACGUUCUUGCUUCCACACACCCAUCUGUACAAGCCCGAUAGGGGAAGCGACAUAUCUGGUUUCGAGUCCUUGUAGCAAUCAUCUGACGACUGAUGGUUGUAAAUUUAUGUGCCUUAAUUAUCGAUUUAACAAAUUGUGUAAUGUAAUGUUGCGUACUCAUUAAGUAUUCCCAAAAAUUGGCCAUAGACGACGAUAUAUAUGCCAAACGCCAUUAAACUUUUUUUCUCCCAAGGUGCGAUGCUGCGACACGAGCAAGAAAGUUUAAUCGUGCUCGUCCCUCUCUUUCGUAAGUUGUGUGUGAAAAAAAAUUAACAAUUUUCUUUUUGUAAAUAUAUCGAACAACAUUGUUUUGUCCUAAUUUAUAUAAAUAACGUAAACGUUAAUGUAUUCUGGUCUUUAUUAUGAUGAGUUUUUAGAGGUCGUUGAAGGGAAGCACGAGUGGCUUCUGUAAGUUAAUCUAGUUUUAUUUAUUGUAUGACCUAUUGUGCAUAGCGCAAAAAUAAUAUAAGCGUUUUAGUUA